CUUUCACUUGCAUGUCAUUCACAUGAAUUUGUAAAUGAUGACCAAAUAGUAUAAGUAGUUGACACAGUUCCAUAGUUGCUUUAAAGCAUAUUAUAAUCAUACACACAUACUAAGCCUUACAAGAGUAACAAACAAACAAACAAACAAACAAACAAACUUUCUCCAACCUGCCAUACCCCACAUUACUCAGCCAUUAGUUUUCUCAUUCAGUUUAUUCCUUCAUUACCUGGACUGGUUCAGAAUUUGAAAUUUAUAAGUUCGAAAUUCGGUCUUUCAAAUAAUGAGUAUCGAAUACUAGAUACAAAAUAAAAAAAUCUAAGAGUACUGUUGUCACUACUCCCUCAUCACCACCACAAACCAGAGGAAAAAAAUAUAAGCUACCAUUUAUAAUCAAUGGCUUCUCACUAAAGUUCCUCAAACUUCCAUUCUUUUUUUUAAACACAUUAUCAUUUUCCAACUUCCUUCAUUUCUCUAAUUAUAAGCCAUGUCCUUAAACUAUUUUUCCUUCUUCUUGUUUACAGUUGUUUACAUCACCAAUCUAACUGUAAUACCUGCCUUUCCGGUUAUACCCGAACCCGACCCGACUGAACCCAAUCCCCACUCAUUCCCCCCAGCCCCUUCAUUGCCAGCAACAAUCCCUGCUUUCCCAGAACAAUCAAACUUCGACAGCUGUUCUCUAGACAUACCAGAAGACCUUUACAAAGGGAUAAAAUCAUCCUGCAGGUCCAAUGAUCAUUCGGGUCAAAUAAACCCGACUAGUUGCUGCCCGGUUCUCGCAGCAUGGCUCUAUGCAGCCUACUCGAGAACCGCGCUUCACAGAGCCAUUGCAAAGUUCCCACAACACUCAAUGUCUGUUGAAAUGCCUGUGCUCCCUGAUGAUUCAGAGACUUGUGUGGAUUCUUUUGGAAAGGCUUUGGAAAACAGGGGAAUUGAGUUGGUGAAGCCAAAUGAGACUUGUGAUGUGGUUUACUGUUACUGUGGUAUUAGGCUGCAUCCACUUAGCUGUCCGGAGAAAUUCACGUUGAAUUCGAGUGGAGAAAUUGUUGGUGGUGAGAGUGUGAAGAGAUUAGAGAGAGAUUGUUUUAGCAGUAAUGGAUAUGCUGGUAUUGCUGGUUGCUCCAAAUGCUUGAACACUCUUUAUAUGCUCAGUGACAGCAGAUUGGAAGAUACAAGCAUAACAAAUGAUAGAAGUAGCAAAGUGCGGAGCAUGGGUUGCCAAAUGAUGGGCUUAACUUGGCUUCUCAACAAAAAUACAUCUGGUUACAUUCAUACAGUUUCUGCUGUUUUAAGGGCUCUAAUGAUGAGUGAAGACGGUUCGAAUCCUCAGUCAUGCACACUUAACAGUGACGGCUUGCCACUUGCAGUCGACUCCUCAGAGAUCAACGAUCAAUCUUCUGCAACUUCUCUUCAGGCAUCGGUUUAUUGUUACCUCCUACUUUUUGUUUUGGCAUACAUAAACUUCACUGCAUAACUCUUUUCAAAAUUUUGCUGUAGUUAAUCUCCAAAAAGACUUGUUCUUGUGUACUUGCUGAUUAAAAUGUCACCUAGAGUAAAUACAUUCCUCUGUAUUCAUUGAUUCAGGUUCGUGAAAUUGUAAUUACUUUGGUUGUGUGAAACUGUUAGAAAAAUGAAUGGAGCCUCCAUUUGUAAGA